AUGCCACCGCCCGUUUUAACCGCCGACGUCAUCCAGGGCGUCCUCUACACCCUCUACUCUCAACGCGUCUCCCCUCGAUUUGCUCAUCGGAAAUUGCUCAAAAUGACUGGAGAAGAGAAAAUGACCGUGGAGCAAAUCGAGCAAUGGUUUGAGGACUUUGCGAAGGAGCCGGAGGAGCCAGGAGCCGCCGAGGAGCCAGUGCAGAAACUCGAGCCAACAUUUGAGAAUAUUUUUCAAAUCUUGGGGCCAAAAGAGGUCGCGCAACACAUGGAUGUGAGAUCGAGACUCGUCUUCCGCAAGACCAACAAAGCGAACCGAGCGCUGAUAGAUAACAGCCAGCACUACAUAAUCCAACUUUCUCUUCACUUGCAAGAAAACGUUUUUUUGGAGAUAAGUACCGAUGAUGGUUUUAGUGUGACGAAUCAGUUUGUCGAUGAAGGAUUCGUGAGAGAUCAUAAUGAUGUGAUGAAAUUGGUCCAGACCCAGAGUCGUCAAGAGAGCUUUCAAAUUUUGGUUGCCGACUUGAAAACAAUUUUAGUCAAUCCAAAACUUCUAAUCGGAACGCUCCGUCUUGAAGAUUGCUCUCAAAAUCGUAGUACUGUAGCAAGAUACGCGUGGAACGCCAUAGAUAAGCUUGUGCAAGUGGAGACGCUCGACUUCAACAGUCUCAAAAAUCCGCGCGACUUGAAACAGAUGAUCGAUUUUAUGGAUCCAUCAACUCUCCGAGCUCUGAAGAUUGCUCAUCCUGAAGACAGACUAUCAAACAGUCCUGAAUUCGACAAAAGCGAUUUUGUUUUCAAAGACGGUUUAUACCAAACGCCACAAUGGAGAGCGUUGAAAAAAUUGAAGAUCGAUAGAGUCCAGGAGUAUAUGAAUGUGAUUUGCGAUCAUUGGAGUCAUUUGGAUUAUUUGAAUAUUGGAAUGAGCAUAAAGGGAAUGGGACAUGGAAGGAGAUAUGAGAAUAUGCAUGACGAAGUGAUAGAGUUGAGAGAUAAACUUCUCAAAAACCCAAAUCUCAACCAAUACAAGAUCAGACUCUAUCCAAUGCCCCGCUCCUUUGAAGAAGAAAUCAUGGCAACCAUUCGGACCCACAACACCCGCCUAAUGGAUCCGAAAUACGCCUACUUUGAAUACCCGAAUCACGCCGGGAAAUAUUUGUACAUGCGUGUCGAGGAUAGUAUCAUUUGGUUCCAGGGACCGAAAUUCGUGGAGGAUGUAGAGGAGGUGGACUAUUGA